GGGGAAUGUGGCCUUUCAGCGCUGCUGAGCUUGGCAGUCGCUUUACCGCUACUUGUGUUACUUUAAGACGGUGCCUGAGGUUGGGGGUGACCAUGGCCAAGAGCAAGUUCGAGUACGUGCGGGAUUUUGAGGCUGACGAUACCUGCUUGCCGCACUGCUGGGUUGUGGUGCGGCUGGACGGCCGGAAUUUCCACCGGUUUGCUGAGAAGCACAACUUUGUAAAACCUAAUGACAGCCGAGCUCUCCAGCUGAUGACCAAAUGUGCCCAGACAGUAAUGGAAGAGCUGGAGGACAUCGUGAUCGCGUAUGGACAGAGUGAUGAGUACAGCUUCGUGUUCAGGCGGAAAAGCAAUUGGUUUAAAAGAAGAGCCAGUAAGUUCAUGACUCUCGUGGCCUCCCAGUUCGCCUCCAGCUAUGUGUUCUACUGGCGGGAUUACUUUGAGGAUCAGCCACUUCUGUAUCCACCAGGAUUUGAUGGCAGAGUUGUGUUGUAUCCUAGCAACCAGACCUUGAAGGACUACCUCAGUUGGCGACAGGCAGACUGUCACAUCAAUAAUCUUUAUAAUACAGUGUUCUGGGCCCUUAUCCAGAAGUCUGGACUAACACCAGUUCAAGCCCAGGAGAGAUUAAAGGGAACUCUGGCCGGAGACAAGAACGAGAUUCUGUUCUCUCAGUUCCACAUAAACUACAAUGACGAGCCACAAAUGUACAGGAAAGGGACCGUGUUGGUGUGGCAGAAGGUGGAUGAAGUCAGGACACAAGAAGUUAGGCUGCCUGCAGAGAUGGAAGGGGAAAGGAUGACUGUGACCCGGACCAGAAGCAGGCCCGUGCCCUUGUACUGCGAUCUCAUUGGGGAUGCUUUCUGGAAAGAACACCCAGAUAUUCUGAUGGGAGAGAACUGACCCUGCAUUCUGCAGUUCUGCCGUGCUUAGCCAUGCAGGUCUCCCGGAGGCUCCUCUCCCUGGGUGGCUCGAGCAUCCCCAGCCCCAAGAGCACUGUAAAGAGCUACAGAGAAAGAAGCAAUGGACGGAGGCGGCGUAUCUCACUGUGCUUAAACAGAAUACCUUUUUUUUUUUACGGUGUUAGUUUUUUGGCUCUUUUCAAAAUCAUGAUCCUAUUUUUAUAAAAGAACUAUUCAUGCUUUGCUGGAUGAGUCAUUUUUAGCUGUGGCAUAAACCUUACAAAAGCCCGUCACCUCUUUUCACCUCUGAUAGAAGGGAAGCCCAGACUUUACCCUCACCCACCUUUCUUAACUCGAGAACCCGGUGACUGCACAUUCCCACUCUGACACCCGUGUACUUGCACUCAUCUUCUGGCGUGAAGUUAAAUAUGGGUUCCUGCCUGCACGAUGCCUCCAGACUGAGGAAUCCCAGAGAACACUCGCAGAUUGGUGCCAGUUCCCCAGGGUGGCAGCUUUGGCUGAACAAACGAGGAGUGUUCUGGGUAUCCCACACCACUCCAGGCCUGAUUUUUGUCUGGAAUCGUUAGCAUGAUCGUCGUCAUCUCUUACCAGGGACAUCGUUUCCAGUCACCUAUCUCUUUUGAAGGGAAGGUGUUUUGGGGAGGUGUGUGUGUGUAUGCGAAUGAGGCUGGAGAGCAGCUACGCCAUGGAUGCUGGAAGUACUUCCCUCAGAAAAGCGGACUUUGCGUUAGACUUCUGGGCAAGCAUUCUCAAACAGCCUCAGUGUAGCCGUAACAUUGGAAUUCGAGAGCACCAGGAGGCCUGAUAUGGUGGUUUAGCCUAAUCCUAGCACUCAGGAGGUUGAGGCAGGAAAUUUGAAGCUAACAUUUGAAGCCAAACUGGACUACAUGGCAGGACUAGAAGGUGGAGUUGGAGGCUCUAUUGAUUUCAGAGGUUUGAAAAUAGCCCCUCCUGCUGAUGUCAGGAUGGAGUUGGCGAGGGGGCAGAGAGUAAUAAUAAAAAUCAUUUGUUGCCAAGGUGUUGGACUCAAUGGGAAAGUCACGUUUCUCCUUGACCUUGUUUUAUAUUUUAGAAGAAAAUGAUUAUUUGCCUCCAUCAGGAAUUAAUUAAAAGACAGCCUAUGUCCUGCUUUCUGGUCUUGAUUGCAGAAUUUCCAGCCAAGAAGAAAAUGUAUUUUUGAAAGAACAGCGUCUGGCCUCAUCCCUCACUAAUUGACACCCCAUCUGCUGAUGCCUUUUUUUCCUUCCUGUUCUCCCCACUCCCCAGGAAGAAGCAAUAGAGCUCAUGUUUGGCAACUGCUAAAAUCUUUUUAAGGGGGGGAAAGUAUAAUAAAGAUUUCAGU